AUGGCUUCAAUCCUUCGACAAAUCGUGGCCGGUCCCCGUGCCAGACAUCCAGAAGCAGGGUUGGACCUGUGCUAUGUGACAGAUUAUAUUGUCGUCACCUCUGGGCCAAGUUCCGUGUGGCCCAGGAAAGCCUAUCGAAAUCCCCUUGAUCAGCUGGUCGGCUUUCUAGACAGGAAACAUGGUGAAGAUUGGGCAAUAUUCGAGUUUCGAGCGGAAGGGACCGGGUAUCCCGACUCGGAGGUGUACAACAGAAUCCACCACUUCCCUUGGCCUGAUCACCAUCCCCCUCCGUUUGCCAUAAUUCCCAAUCUCAUGGCCGCGAUGCGCAAUUGGAUCAGACGCCUCGACGACGACGCCGAUGCGAAUCCUGGAGAAAGGAAAAAGAGGGUCGCUGUAGUACACUGCAAAGCUGGGAAAGGAAGGAGUGGCACUGUCGCGUGCUCAUACCUGAUUAGUGAAGAGGGUUGGAAAAAAGUCGAUGCUCUUGAUUGGUUUACCGCCCGGCGAAUGCGAGCUGGCUUUGGCCUCGGCGUGAGUAUCCCUAGUCAGUUACGUUGGGUGGGCUAUGUCGAUCGUUGGACCAAUAGCAUGGGGAAACGAUAUAUCGAAAGACCUGUUGAAGUGGUUGAGGUCCAUGUUUGGGGGUUAAGAGAUGGUGUCAAAGUUUCAGUCGAAGGCUAUGUCGAGAAUGGUCGUCACAUUCGCCAUUUUCAUACCUUCAACCGUCAAGAAAAGACCGUGGUCGACGAUGGCCACGUGUCGGUCAGACCAACAAGACAACCUUCCAAUUCCAAGAAGGACGAUGAAAUGCUGAACAGCCCUGUUGAAGGAACGCCUCAAUCGUCCACUAUGAAUCUGAACAAUUCAUCUUCCGGGUCCACUCAAACAGUCAUCCUCAAGCCUUUGACGCCGGUUGUACUGCCGACCAGCGAUGUCAAUAUCGAUUUCGAGCGGCGAAACAAGGCUGGCUAUACGGGGUUAACUAUGGUCACAUCCGUUGCGCAUGUUUGGUUCAACGCCUAUUUCGAAGGAGGCCACGAGGGCCAUGAUUCCGGCGUCUUUGAAAUCGAAUGGGAUGCGAUGGAUGGUAUCAAAGGGAGUUCCAGAAAAGGCACCAAAGCGCUAGAUCGCCUGAAAGUGGUCUGGAAGUACGCAAAGAGUGAUGAUGGUGCUCCCUUGGAGCAAGUCAUCACAGAGCCUGGCAAAGGCGAGCCGGUGCCUGAAAAUCAACCUGCGAACUGGCGUGGUGAAGAAGACGAAGAAUUUCGGCCAGCGGAUGGUGUUGACAGUGGGCGAACAGGGGGAUCAGCACUCACCAUGAGUGCCACGGUUCAUCAAGGCGCAAGGACUUUGGGGAAGGAACUGGGUCUGAGAGAGUCUGAGCCCGACAGCGCCGAUUUGAGCCGUGCAUCCAGUGUGAAAGAAGAAAUGAACUUGGAAGAGCCGGAGAAGAGUUCUGAAAUGCAACGAUCAGAGCCCUCUUUUUCUGACGAAGGCGUCAAGGCCUGCGGCCCGGAAGGAGAAGAUCGAGUGUCCUACCAGGACCCUGACUAG